AUGAAGCCAUUGUACCGUGGUAUAGACGAACUCGACCUCAUUCCAUGGUCUAUUUCUGGAGGGCAAGAUAUAAUGAUGAAUGAAGAUGGUGAGAUGCUCAUAUAUGUAUAUGGACAUUCGGAAUUACAGGUCAUAGAUAAGAAAAAGGGAAUAAAGAAAGAACAGGGCAGCUUUGGCGUCUUUUUCGGGCCGAACUCAAACAACAACAUGUUCAGAAAGAGCACUUUUCAGGGAAAGCCGAUGGAUGUGUUUGCUCUGGUGGAAGGUAUUAUGUAUGCGGUAAAGGCAUCGAUACACGGGAGAUGGGUUGAGGGGAUCUAUACAUAUACUUCCGUCCGGAUUUAUAUAAACUCAGAAGAAAUCUUCAACAUUAUUGGAUCUAAGGAGACACUCAAAAAACACCGAGAAGCAGGCUGGAAGGAUGAAAACGGAAAGAUUAUCCGAUGUGGUGCAGCGAUACGUAUAUGGGACGAGUGGUCAAAUAAUCAAUUACAGUACACGGACAAUAAUUGGAUGAAGGAGGAAAUGAUUGCAUUUGCGGCGACAGGGAAAGAAAAUAGGUGGAUGGAAGCCGCUUACAUUCUGGCAACCUCAGGCAUCCAGAGCUCGAGUGAAGUAAAAGAACUCAGAAAAGUCGAAGAGAAUCUGAGAAACAAAUGGGAGGGUUACUUCUUUACAUUCGUCGAUUUAUUUCCAUCUGAUUAUGAUGGAUGCAAUGAUGAGUAUAAAGUUUUCUGUUAUAGAAAGAAAGAUUUCAUCGACGCUCAAGACGCGGCAAGUAUGGCGGCUUCCGAUCCUUCCACAACAAUUAAACCCUCUGAAUUGGUGAAAAUCGAUAUACAUGGGUUUUAUCCUUCAAUGGGUAUCGUGGGCAUCUUUACCUUUUGGCGUUCACUUGAAAAGCGCAAACGCCGCACAGCUGCACAGGUGUUUGCAGUUUCAAACCUGGACUUUAUCCAGAAGGUAAUAAAGAUUGCGAAAGAGAAUGGAAGACUUAUGGACAGUGUCGAAUGGAAUGUCGAUAUUAUGGGUGUAAGCUCAGUGGAUGAGGUGAAUAUUGAAGAUAUCAAUAGUUCACCCAGUAGUUCUACUAGUGGAAAUAACUCUGUUAUUCAUAUGUAG